AUGGGUGAAGGGUGUGGGGGUGAGUGCAGUGAAGACCCUCAGCGCUACGCCCUCGCCCGCCCGCGGUUUUUUGGGCGUCCCUCCCCACGCCCUACCUACCCCACCCCACCCAGUCUUACCCCCGACCCACGCCCGCCCCACCCCCUGUCUGCACCGCCCGCGUCCACAAGCACCCACACCACACCCACAGCGCGCGUCUCCCUCACCACCAGCACACACCCAAACCGGGCCCGCUGGAGGGAGUUUAAAAGGCCACGGGAGGCGUCACCCCCAGUCACCCCUCAAUCAUCCCCAGGUACUCCAGUCACCCCCAGUCACCCCAAUCACCCACGAAUCACUCCCCAGACACCGCCAGAUACUCUCAAUCAGCUCCAAUCACCCUUAAACACCCUCAUACACAGCAGAUACUUCCAUACACACCUAAUCACCGCCAAUCACCCCGCAGUCACCACCCAGUCACCCCCAAGUCACCCCCGAGUCACUAGUCAGCAGGUGGGAGCAGAAGGGCACCAGAUCCACGAAAGUGAAGGUGGAGGAGGAGGUAAUGUGGAGGAGGGCAGCACUGAGGACCCACCAUUAAGACCCAAACCGGUUCAGCGUGACGCCUCCUUCAGUAAUAUCCGGGUUACAUCAAGAGAGGAGCCACCACGGAAGUUACUAGGAACCACAGCACCUCUGACACCUACCCUGACACCACAGCACCGCACAGCACCACGCCACAGCACUCUACCGUCCAACACAGCCACAGACUAA